CAAAUCCGUCUCAAACCAGCCAGUUCAAACGAACCGUCUAAACGAAUCGAUUCUCCAAAACAAAUCGAGCCCUCCGUUCUCUCAGGCACUCGACGGAACCACUACAUCCGGGUAACUGCUGGGGUCCUGACAGCGCGGAAAAAAAAGCGUUAGCUAAAUAAUCCGAGCAGCAUGUCUGGAAGAGAAGGAGGUAAAAAGAAGCCCCUCAAGGCUCCCAAGAAGCAGUCGAAGGAGAUGGACGAGGACGAAAUGGCUUUCAAACAGAAACAAAAAGAGGACCAGAAAGCAAUGGAGCAAUUGAAAGCCAAGGCUGCUGGGAAAGGACCUUUAACUGGAGGUGGAAUCAAGAAAUCUGGGAAGAAGUGAAUGUGGUUUAGUGUAUUUUUUGCUUGCUGUUCAAACCACCAACUCAAGAUUUGGGUCCACGAUGGCAACAACAAAUGAAUUUCUUUUUUUUUAAGUUACUUUAUAUUUCUCUUGUAAAGAAAAAGUAAUAAAGUUUGUAAUGACUGUACAUUUCAAUUUCAGAGGUUUUAAUUAAUGAUUGUGAAACAUCAUGAUAAAACAGCUGUAAAACAUCCAAACAAGUGAUCCAUUAUGUUGUCAUUCAUUCACACUUUUCAUGUCCUCGAUUGUGUCUUUAUUUAACCUAAACAAACACAGACACACACAAAAACACCAUGUUAGCAUUGUAUGUUUAUGUUUUAGUCAUUUUUCUGCUGUGUGUAAGUGUCAUACUUUUCGUUUCUUGGAUUUGUCCUUGAGCUCCACCUCUACUGGAUAGUGGUCACUCACUUUCAGCGCCUGUGAAGACAUUUAAUCUUAUAAACCACAUUCUGUAAGCUAAAUGUACAGUGAUAACUCAUGGAAAUUGUGAUUAAAUCAACUGUGACCAUAAAACCAGUCAUCAGGGAGCCUUUAUGAAAAAUCAAAAACCUUAUUUACAAAAUGUGUGUAUGCUCAGUGUGUGUAUGUGCUUCAAUCAAUGGCAAUGUUCAUAGUUAUAAAAGCGUGGGAAAAUACUUUCUGCCAUGUCAAGAUCUGAGCAGGGGUACAUGCGUAUUCUCGUGGAAAUAUGGCCGUUAUUCCUACAUCUAAUAAAAGCAGAGUGUGCUAGUAAUGGGGGAAACCAAGUGAAACAGCGCUAUAGUGACCCCUGGUGGUCGAAACUAAAUGCAACUAGAAGCCUGGCAAAACAUCAACAGAUUUGGUUUAUAAAACGUAUUGCUAGCUUUAAAUUGAAAGUGUAACCUAUUAAAUCUUGUGUACUGUUUAGAUAGACUA